AUGGAUAAGCAAGAGAACCAAGUAUCUCCCGCGAUAGUGGCCUAUAAAUCUGAGCGACGCCAAGCCUGGGUCGAUAUUGUACCUCAAAUAUCCAGCAAUCGUCACAAGCUAGAAAUGGAGGCCCUUACCACCAACCUACCCACCGUCCCGACAGCCAUGACUUCUGGAUCACCGGCUCCAACGAUCGUCGAGAAGCCCGAGGUCGACGACUCAAAGACAAUCGCUCCUGAGCCCUCAUCGUUUGCCCAGCUUGGGUCUCUUCAAAAGAAUAUCUUGCUCGCGAUCUUCUGCCUCGGACAAUUCAUGGACAUCAUGAACACCUCAGCGAUGCUUCCCGCACUUCCCGCAACCUCUCAAACUGUCGGGUUAACUGAAAGUGAUUCGGUUUGGCUAUUUGCCGCGUAUCAGGCUACGUUUGCCUCUUUCCUCCUCAUUAGUGGCCGUAUCUCUGACAUUUAUGGCCCUAAGCCGGCCUUCAUACUUGGCUCUCUGUUCUUCGGGGGAACUUCAUUAGGAGCGGGGUUCCUAAACAAUCGCAUUGCACUACUUGUUCUCCGUGCUCUUCAAGGAAUCGGUGCCGCACAUACCAUUCCCUCCGCUCUCAGCAUGAUUGUGCAAAUGAUGCCUGAGCCAAAGGAGCAGCAGCGCGCUAUCGGUUUGUUUGGAGCAUCCGGAGCAGUAGCAAAUGGAACCAUUAUUGGGGCAAUCUUGGUAGAAUAUGCAUCGUGGCGAUGGAUAUUCUGGAUUAUUGCUAUUAUCUCGAUUCCUGCUGCGGCUGCGUGUGUUUUCCUUAUCCCGAGUUCACCACGCAAUAACAAGGCAAAGGCCUCUCAGUUAGAUGCACUUGGUGUCUUCAUCCUCAUCGCUGCGAUUGUCCUAUUCGUAUAUGCACUCACCACUGGCUCAGUCUCUGGAUGGAGAUCCGGUGGUGUGCUCGCUCCUUUCUUCGUGUCAAUCGCCCUAUUUUUAGCAUUCUUCUUCUGGGAAGCUCGAGUUGACGAAGCCAACGCAGCACUUCCACCCAAGUUGUGGUUCUAUCCAAAUUUUGCUGUGUUAUUCGGCACAGCUUUGAUGCCUUUCUUCUGGUAUAUGCAAAUGUACUUGACCUUUUCCCCAUAUUGGCAGGACUACCUGAAUUGGUCGACUAUUAUUACCGGCGUCAAAUUUUUGCCUCUAGGUGUCGUGGCUGGGCCUAUCAUGGUUAACGGGGGGCGCAUCGCGGCUAUUGGGCGGCCUAAGCUCUUGAUCAUGGGUGGAUUGAUUCUUGCGUUCAUUGCAACCAUCAUGCUUCCAUUCUCGUCUCAACUCAACGACCGCUACUGGCCGCUCGUAUUCCCUGCUUUCAUAAUUGGUAGUGCAGGAACAGCAGUUGUAUUUGUCCUUGCCAAUAUAUCGAUCUUCCAAACUACACCCCCAGCCUACGCGGGCACAGUCGGAGCUGUCUUCAAUGCUGCUCUUCAGCUUGGCGGUGCAAUUGGUUCCUCAGCGACAACAUCCAUUCAGACGUCCAUUGACGAAAAGGUCAUCGAGGAUGGGUCAUUUGAUGGGACUCAUUUUCAGGGUCGUUCCGCUUCUCUUUGGUUCUUGCUGGCAUGGGUUGGUCUCGUUGCAAUAGGUGUUGCAGUGUUUUACAAGCAGGGCAGGCGCCCCGAUGAUGUAGAGGGUAAGCCAGAGGACGAUCGUCCUAUAGCAAUCCACUAG